AUGGGACACAGUGUACCGCCCCUCAACGACCCAUCGCUGUUCAAGCAACAGGCCUUCAUCAACGGCAAAUGGGUCGACGCAAAGUCGGGCCAGACUUUUGACGUCCAUGACCCUGCUACACACAAGCCUAUUGGCAAGAUGCCCGAAAUGAACAAGGAAGACGCCCAGCUCGCCAUCGACGCCGCCGCCGCCGCUUUCCCAAAGUUCCGCAAGACGACCGCAAGAGAAAGAGCAAAGAUGUUGCGCAAGUGGUACGACUUGAUGGUUGAGAACGCCGAAGACAUUGCAAGACUCAUCACAUGGGAGAACGGAAAGCCCAUGGCCGACGCAAAAGGCGAGGCCGCAUAUGCUGCCAACUUCUUCGAGUGGUUCAGCGAGGAGGCUCCCAGAGCAUACGGAGACACCAUCUCUGCUACCGUUGCUGGUAACAGGGUCUUCACCCUCAAGGAACCCGUCGGUGUCUGCGGCCUAAUCACUCCUUGGAACUUCCCUGCCGCCAUGAUUACCAGAAAGAUCGGUCCUGCCCUGGCAGCUGGUUGUACCGUUGUUGCAAAAUCUCCUGGCGAGACUCCUUUCACCGCCGCUGCUCUGGCUGAGCUCUCUGUCCGUGCCGGUAUUCCCCCAGGUGUCGUCAACAUCAUUACAGCUAUGAAGAACACCCCUGAGGUUGGAGAGGCCAUCACAUCAUCUGACAUUGUCAAGAAGGUCUCCUUCACAGGUAGCACUGGAGUUGGCAAGCUUCUCAUGAAGCAAUCUGCAGACACUCUCAAGAAGUUGUCCUUCGAGCUCGGCGGAAACGCUCCCUUCAUCGUCUUCGACGACGCUGAUCUCGAGACUGCCGUAAACGGUGCCAUCGCUUCCAAGUUCCGCUCAUCUGGCCAGACAUGUGUUUGUGCCAACCGUCUUUACAUUCAGAGAGGCAUCUACGACAAGUUUGCUGAAGCUUUCACCGAGAAGGUCAAGAACUUUAAGGUUGGCCAUGGAUACGAUGAGGGUGUGACUCACGGUCCUCUGAUCCACGACCGCGCUGUCAGCAAGGUCGAGGCACACGUCAAGGAUGCUGUCAAGCAGGGUGGUAAGGUUCUCGUUGGUGGUCAGAAGCUUCCUGACCUUGGCGACAACUUCUUCCAGCCUACAGUUAUUCGCGACAUGACUGCUGACAUGGCGCUGGCCCAUGAGGAAACCUUUGGACCUGUCGCUGGCCUGUUCCCCUUCGACACUGAAGCUGAGGUUGUCAAGCUCGCCAACGACACCGAAGUCGGUCUUGCUGGAUACUUCUUCUCACGCGAUAUCCAACGUGUAUACAGAGUGGCAGAGGCUCUCGAGGUCGGUAUGGUCGGUGUGAACACUGGUCUCAUCAGUGACCCUGCUGCACCAUUUGGCGGUGUUAAGCAAUCAGGUUUCGGUCGCGAGGGCUCGAAGAUCGGUAUUGAUGAGUACAUGGUCACCAAGAUGGUUACUCUCGGUGGCAUGGGACAGCCACUUCAAGGCGAGUAG